AAAUAAAUAAAAUAAAAUGGUAACAAAUAGUAAUAACCACCAUUUAUCACCAAUAAUGCCACCAAAACCCUCUGCUAUCCCCUCAACACAAUUCAAGGUCGUUAAAGUAAAUGUUCCAGCAACUUAUUUGGUUAGAAGACGGCAUUCUGUUGUGCCGGAAGCCGUUAUUUGGGAAAAUCAUGGGGAGGCUAAAAGUGAAGCAGAAUGGUUCAUCAGCCUCAACUGGGGCAGUACCUUCCACAGUACAGCAACAAAAGGUUGAUGCUGGUGUUAAUAUAGAUUACAAAAUUGAACAGGCUAUGGAUUUGGUAAAAACACAUUUAAUUUAUGCUGUCCGUGAUGAAAUUGAAUUACUUAAAUCUAGAAUUGUUGAAUUAGAAUCUAAUGUUUUCCAUCUAGAAUCAGAAAAUGCAAAAUUACGUGAACAUAUACCUAAAGAAGUUUUAGCAAAUAUUUGUUUUGAUAAUAUACAACAACAAUUUAAUAAACAAAAAAUUUUAUUUUCUAUUAACAAUAUUGCCUCAAAUAAAUAA